UUUUGCAACAAAAAAAUGAAUAUUCUAUAAAACUCGUUUGUAACAAUAAUUAAAAAUAGGAAAAUAAUUGUAAUUUAAAAAUUUAACAAUUUAAAUAUUUAGAAGUUCUCAAAAAAUUAACAAAAUAUGUUCAAUGGCAUGGUACAGACCAUACGAAAUAGUGUCGUAGGCACGUAUCCCUCCUGUCAUGUAAAUUCUCGUCUGGAUGAACGUAGAGCCAAGGCAAGAGCUUUGAGGGCAGAGCGUAGACGUAAGCCGGAUAAGCCAGAUGAUUUUGUAACUUAUGAAGAUUCUGGUAGUGAUGAAGAGACACCCCAACAACAAGAGGAAGUAUUGAAUACUUCAUACAAUAUUUUCGACUUUAUAAGAAGCAGGGAGAAUGGAUUAAGUGAGAGACGUAAUUUCAAUUUCGAGCAAACAAGUCGUUAUGUUUUGACUCAUGAUAUGUUAAGGGAGACCCAAAUCAAUUUGGGCUACAUAAAUAAGGUUUUUUGCUCCAAGUGGCUAAGUAAUCGUCAAGUUAUAUUUGGUACCAAAUGCAAUAAGCUUCUUGUAUAUGAUGUUAAUAUGCGUCGUGUGGACGCAAUUCCUACUUUAUCAACGAAUCGUGCAAACCAUGCUGAAGUUCAGGGAGGUCUACAUGCGAUAGAAAUUAAUCCGAGUCGUACUUAUAUGGCAACAGGAGCUCGAAAUUCCGCUGAUGUUGCCAUUUAUCGUUUGCCUACAUUGGACCCGGUGUGUGUGGGCGAGAAUGGCCAUCGUGAUCUAAUCAUGGGCAUGUGCUGGUUAGAUGAUCAGUUUUUGGUGUCUGGUUCCAAAGAUUCACGAAUGGCCUUAUGGCGUAUAAAUGAAGAUCAUAUGGAAUUUCCAGAUGGUGGCAAAGAAUCAUGUCCCACAUUUGCUACGAUAAAUCCAUUGUGCGUACGAGAUUGUCGUACUGCCCAAAGGAUUCGUUCACUUUGUUUUAACAAAGAAUUUCGUGAGAUUGCUGCUCUAUCCUUGAACGGUUACAUUCAUGUCUUCAAUGCUGAAACAUUCAAACAAAAACUAUCACGCAAACUGCCAAAUUGUCAAGACAAUGUUAGUAUAGCAUACCAUAGUGAUGGUCUCUAUGCUAUAGGUUGUCGUUCAUAUACAAUACUACUGGAUACAAGAACAUUACAGACAAUAAAAAAGAUUACCUCGCGAUACAGUGGUUGUGGUAUUAGGGCCACAUCGUUUGAGGGCAACCUUUUAACGGUGGGUACCGGUCUGGGCAUGCUAUUGUUCUAUGAUAUACGUGCUGGUAAAUAUUUGGAAAGUAGCGUUAACGCUUCACGUACGGUAACAUUAAAAUGUAGUAAAGGGAUAGUGUAUCCAGAGGAUGAAAUGGAUGGAUUUAAUGUUAAAUAUGUUCCCGCUAUUUAUACACACUGUUAUGAUAGUACUGGUAUGCGUUUAUUUGCAGCUGGUGGUCCCUUGCCAGCCACUUUAGUUGGAAAUUAUGCGGGUGUUUGGCAAUAGUGUUAAUUUUUCGUAGCUGCUUAGUUUAAAAAAGAAAACCGAAACAAAUGUGAGAAAUUAAAACUGACUAAUUAUUAAGUAAUACUACUUUAGCAAUAUUUAUUUAAAACAAUUCAAAAAAUUAUAAUAAUGUAGCUGUAUAUGAAACAACAUAAUAGGGGUAUAACUAAAAUAUCAUAACUAAGACGUUACUACUUUUUAGAAUGUUUUAAGAUUAAUAUGAUUAUAUUUAUAUAUUAUUUGCAAUAAAUCAUGAAGAAUAAAUUAUGUGAGAAAUUUGGAAGAAAUAUAGAAGUAAAAAAGUUAAUUCAAAA